AUUCUGCCAUAUUCUGUCCAUGAACUUAGUCUGAACGACUAAAAGCCGUAAUUUAUAGGUGAUUGGUCCUCCGAAUGUUGUCUCCACCCUCAACUCACCCCUCAACGUCUUCCAGAACAAAUCUGCAUGGCUCACAGUCCGUAUAUCCGCCAGGAUGUCUCAUGAUGUCUAGUUCACGUCCCUUCCUCAACAUGUUUAAUCCAAUGAGCCGUACACACCAAGGUUAUUUUCAAGCCAACCAUCUCGUAGUCGAGGAAAACGAGAACGAAACCGCCGAGGAAGAUCUAGAAGCAGGGCACGCGAUCACAGGGAAAGAGCACCAAGUCAUACGGAAAACACAGAAGGACAAAAUGUACGAACAGGAAUCGGAUGAUGAUGUCCCUCAGCGCUUCAUGAUAGAGGAUUCGUCGGCGUCUGGCUGCCCCUCUAAGGGCAAAGGCCGCUUACAACCACUUUAUUCCACACCCGCACGAUCGCUUCCACAUGCAACAGCGCCUUCUAUUGAUACUCUUCCUGUGAUUUCAACACCCCCUAGACCGUCAGAACUAGACGUCGACGAACUUCCGCAGACACCACCACAUCAGCGGCCACAACCAUCACCCAAGCCUAUGUGUGGGUUGGACGACUAUGAACGUGCGCUCUGA